AAGGAAGAUGGGAAAACCGGGUUGGAAUCAAACAAGACUAAUGUCCGAAUAUUCGAACCCGGUUGAUAACCCGACCCAAAAAUAAUAAAAUAAAUAAAUAAAUAAAUAAAAAGACCGAAGCCUUUUAAUCUGACCCUUGGAUCCUUUCCCUUCUCUACAAAAACCCUAGGUUGCAUCCCUCUUCACUUUUUAUCUAUCACUCUGCCGCUCCCACUUCUCGUGUGCCUUCGGAAGAACUCUCCUGGUCAAAGAUCUAAAUCGAAGGGAGACGUUUUUCCGAUAAGCCAUGGCUCUGGUCUUGCAUGCAGGGAAAACGAACAAAAAUGCUUACAAGACACUCAUUGCUGCGGAGUACAGCGGUAUCAAAGUUGAACUGGUUCAGAACUUUGAGAUGGGCGUCUCCAACAAGACUCCCGAGUUCCUUAAGAUGAACCCUAUCGGGAAGGUUCCCGUGUUGGAAACACCUGAUGGUCCUGUAUUUGAGAGCAAUGCCAUAGCGCGUUACGUCACUCGAUUGAAGGCUGACAACCCCCUUUAUGGCUCUUCUCCAAUUGAAUAUGGCCACAUUGAGCAGUGGAUUGAUUUUGCAUCAUUGGAGAUUGAUGCUAAUAUUGGGCAUUGGUUUAGACCAAGGAUUGGACGUGCUGUAUACCUUCCACCGUUUGAGGAGGCUGCAAUUGCUGCAUUGAAGAGAGCAUUAGGUGCUUUGAACACACAUCUUGCUUCAAACACUUUCCUGGUGGGGCAUUCUGUCACCCUGGCUGACAUUGUCAUGACAUGCAAUUUGUAUAUGGGAUUCAGUAAGCUCAUGACUAAGAGCUUUACCUCGGAGUUCCCUCAUGUUGAGAGAUACUUCUGGACCAUGGUUAAUCAACCAAAUUUCAGCAAGAUCUUGGGUGAGGUAAAGCAAACUGCAUCAGUCCCACCUGUUUCGUCUGCAAAGAAGCCUGCCCUGCCAAAAGAACAUGCCAAACCAAAGCACAAGGAUGAACCAAAGAAAGAAGUCAAGAAGGAGCCAGCAAAGCCCAAAGAGGCUCCUGUUGGGGAAGAGGAAGAAGCACCAAAACCCAAACCUAAGAAUCCUCUUGAUCUGCUGCCCCCAAGUAAGAUGAUUCUGGAUGAAUGGAAGAGACUCUACUCAAAUACCAAGACCAAUUUCCGUGAGGUUGCAAUUAAAGGAUUCUGGGACAUGUACGAUCCCGAGGGAUACUCUCUUUGGUUCUGUGAUUACAAAUACAAUGACGAGAAUACCGUCUCAUUCGUAACUCUGAACAAGGUUGGUGGAUUCCUUCAGCGGAUGGAUCUGGCACGCAAGUAUGCUUUUGGGAAGAUGCUUGUAAUCGGCUCAGAGGCCCCAUUCAAGGUGAAGGGGCUGUGGCUUUUCCGCGGGCAAGAGAUACCUCAAUUUAUAAUUGAUGAGUGCUAUGACAUGGAACUCUAUGAGUGGAAGAAGGUUGACAUCUCGGAUGAGGCCCAAAAGGAGCGUGUGAAUCAGAUGAUAGAAGAUCAGGAGCCUUUUGAGGGAGAGGCUCUUCUGGAUGCCAAGUGCUUCAAGUGAGAAAACCAUCCCUAGCUGAAAGGAUAUGUUUUUGUUUUUUAUUUUCCUGGUAGAGCUUGGUUUUCUCUUCCUUUCCUAGACAGAUUGAAUCCUUAGUUUAUAUUUGUUAUUUAAGUGAUAUGUUACCUAUCAAAAAAAAAAAAAAAAUGUUAUUGAAGUGAUAUUUUGAUUUCUAUGCUUGUUUGUGUGCUUGAUGUUUGAUUUUUUAUUUCUCAUUUCUUUUGUUGUGUAUGAGAAAUAAAAAAUCAAACAUCAAACUCUCAAACAAACAUAGAAAUCAACAUAUUCAUUUUGACUUGAUGAGAAAUAAAAAAUCAUACAUGUCUAUGUGACUUGAUGUAUGCGUUAUAGAAUUGAUUUUGAAUAUGUUGAUUUCUAUGUUUGUUUGAGAGCUUAAUGUUUGAUUUUUUAUUUCUUUUUUUUGUUGUAUAUGAGAAUAAUUUGAUUUCCUUUUAACUGCAUAUUGUCAUAGGAUGUUAUUUUUCUUUUUCUCGUGACGAGAAAAAGAAAAUAACAUCCUAUGACAAAAUGCAAUUAAAAGGAAAUCAAAUUCUUCUCAGAGAAAUGAGAAAUAAAAAACCAAACAUCAAGCUCUCCAAAAAACAUAGAAAUCAACAUAUUCAAAAUCAAUUCGAUAACGCAUACAUCAAGUCAACAUAGUCCUCGUGUUUGUCAUUCGAUCA